CCUGAGAACCCGCAUAUUUCCAGAGGCUUUUUGGGACCCUAGUCGAAGAGCUUUUUCUUAACGAAUUUCUUAAUUUUGAAGCCUGAGCGGAAACUAAAAAGCGCACGCAGCCCAAUUUCCUGAGGACCGAGAUUGCGACGAACAACUAGGAAGCGGUCGGCCGGGAGCUGUCCCCGGUUCUCCGUUCUGCUCUCGAGGGUGCCGCCCGGGGUCCCUCCACCGUGUUCCCCUGUCCCGCGUGGCCCCUGCCACGACCUAGCCUCCGGCCUGGGCUCAUCACUCCGGAGUCGCCAUGUCGUCUGACUUCGAAGGCUACGAGCAGGACUUCGCGGUGCUCACUGCGGAGAUCACCGGCAAGAUUGCGAGGGUCCCCCGACUGCCCCCUGAUGAGAAGAAGCAGAUGGUUGCAAAUGUGGAGAAACAGCUCGAAGAAGCAAAAGAACUGCUUGAACAGAUGGAUUUAGAAGUCCGAGAGAUACCCCCCCAAAGUCGAGGGAUGUACAGCAACAGGAUGAGAAGCUACAAGCAAGAAAUGGGAAAACUUGAAACAGAUUUUAAAAGGUCACGGAUCGCCUACAGUGACGAAGUACGGAAUGAGCUCCUAGGGGAUGAUGGGAAUUCCUCAGAGAACCAGUUGAUAAAAUUACGUGAAGAGAGGGCACAUCUGCUCGAUAACACAGAGAGGCUGGAAAGGUCAUCUCGGAGACUAGAGGCUGGAUACCAAAUAGCAGUGGAAACCGAGCAAAUUGGCCAGGAGAUGUUGGAAAACCUCAGUCAUGACAGAGAAAAGAUACAGAGAGCACGUGAAAGACUGCGGGAAACAGAUGCUAACUUGGGGAAGAGCUCCAGGGUUCUGACAGGGAUGUUGCGAAGGUAAGAGCAAGAAUCAUCCAGAACCGCAUCCUGGUCGUCAUCCUAGCCAUCAUCCUGGUCAUCACCAUCCUGACAGCGAUCACUUUUUCUGUCAGAAAACGCUGAUGUGUCUGCUCUUCCUCGAUAAACAGCAACCAGCAACAACGGCUUGUUCUGAGUAAUUAAGACAAAAUGGUCACAUGAAUCAUUCUUUCGCGCUGACAGGCCCUGAAUGACCCUCCCUCUCUCUCACCACUGUUCAGCUGAAGUGCAAAGAGUGUAAAAAUAUUUUCUAUUCCUGUGUGCAUGUGGGUGGGUUUCUUUUUCUAGGUUUGUCUUCACCCAGAUUUGUUUUUAUAGGGGAAGGUGAUGUUUAUUUGCCAUUUGGUAACUUCAUCUCCCAACCAAAACAGCCUUGGUGACAGUCUUCCUUGCCCUGUGGACAUGUCAGGGGUCCUAGUCUGGGAGAGGGCAUGAUGAGUCAGUGAUGGGGCUUCUGAUGGGCUGUGCUGUUUGUCAUACACCUCCUGUCACCGACUUGCCCUUCUGUGAUGUCCGAGGAUAAAAAUGCAGAGAAAAGCAGAGGCCAGAGCCAGUGACCAGCUCCAGGAGACCAGCCCUGUUUCUCCCCAGGCGUAAUGCAUAGAGGCAAUGUGUCUCAGUGCUUUCAUUGUAAAGGUGGAUAUGUCAUGUCAGUUGUGCAGGAGAUUGACUUAGGAUGUUCCCUGUUUUUUCUAUGCAUAAUUAUUUUUUGGCCAAGAAUAUUUUUUGCUGAGGCUGCCCAAUAACCUCUUUUCACAACUUUGAUUACUGGCUACAAGAACUAUUCCCUUACAUUCCAAAAAUCCCAUACUGCCCAGAAUUUGCUGGCAAAGUGCGCCCUGACACGGUAUUUAAUUGUGACCUCCUCUCCCCUGACCUGUGUAAGCAUCUCUGUAUCCUUUCGGUCUUAAUAUUUGCACUCCCAAAAGCAGCCCUCCUACAUGCAAAAGGUCUGACAAGGUUCUCUCCACAUCCAUUCGAGUAUGUAAAGAGAACAUGAAUAUUUCAGGAAGAGCAAGAACAUGACGCUGUCAGUGUGAAAUUUCAAAUGUGAUUAUAAAUAUGGUAGAGUCCUGUAAGAUGAUCCACUAGAAAUAAACUGUAUGGAGAAGAUUCACUAAUCUCCUGUAAAAGAAUAAGGGAUUGCAGCGCGUUACAAAAGGACAGCUUGGGUUUUUUACUAACAAAUGUCAGCAAAGCCUUCUUGACUUCACUAUGUAUUCAAACCUUUACCAUGCUUUGUGAUUUUCUUUGGUUUCUUUCUGUCCAAAGUAACUGGGAAUUGCGUUCAAAAUGAGUUCAUUUAUGAUCAGGCUUAAAAUUGCCCAAGCUGAGGUCAUUUUCCCCCUAGUCAUAAAGCAAAAUGUUUUUUCUUAAGACUUCGUAGGCACUUACAGGGUCCAUACUGUCUUUUGAAUAUAAUUGGAAGCUUUGAAUCCUUGAAAAGCAAACCUGUUCUCUUCAUAAAAAAUGCUAACCACCUGUGCCCAUGGAUUGAGAUCACCUGGCUGCAACAGUUCUUCCUCCCCCCCCCCCCCCAACUCGGAAGAGAACCAUUAUGGUUUAGAGAGGAAAUGCAGAAUGGCGAAAUCCACCAGAGAAAUCGUACUUAUCGAAACAGGCCAGGGCCUGCAUGUGUUCAGAUAAAUCAUUUAGUAUUGUGUAAAUAAAGCUGCAGCCCUUACUUCGCAGGGACGGUGUGGGAUUUUGGCAGAGUGAAGUAGGACAGCGAAGGAGUGGGAAGGCUGUGCUGUUUUUCCUACUGGCUUAAGGGAUCUAUCUCAGCAAGAAUCUUUUAUUCUGAUAACGGAAUUCUGUAUGUGCUAAGCACAUCGAAGAAAACAUUAAAAAGCAAGGAAACAAACAAAUAAUCUUCUCCUCCUGAAACAGUAAUGGUGGGCAGGUAUUAUACCAUCCUCUCCGGUGGCUUCCUUUGAAACUGCUGAGCUUAGCUAAAGAAUAUAACCAGUUAUGCAGCUGCACCUCACACCUCCGGACUCUUCCCGAGGCCACCUGGCAAAGCAGGUUGAUCUGAUCAUCUAAACUUGCUGGCUCCUAAAUAUUUCAUUAAAACCUCGUGUUCUUGUUGAAGUGGAUGAAAUGAGGAGGGAGUGCAUCCUUCACGUCUCAGUGGCUUUUUCUUUGGGGUUCCAUCUCUUUCUCAGUGGUUGCCUGAGACUGUGCCGCAGUUCAGCCUUGGAAGUGGAAAGAAUAGGAACUGAUAACUGUUGGCCUGACAGCCCCAUCAGACCCACCUCAAGAGAGACCCCCUGGCCUGGAGUGCUUUGUAGGAAGCUGGUCCGAAGGCCCCUGAACUCCUACCUAGUCGUCCCAGAUGCUGCAGGACAGACUCAAAGGAGCCCCCGUGGAAGCAAAUUGUUCUCCCUUCUUCCCUGCCCCACCGGGGAAGGCAGAAAGCCUACAAACUCGAAGCGGGUCAUAGAUCUGCGAAAGGUUCUAGCAACUUCAUAUGUAGACUUCAAUUGAUGAAUAUUUCUAAAGUCGGAAGGCUUUGUUAAAAAGGAUGUUUGACGGGAAGGGGGGGUGCGGUGAAGAUGAAGAUGCAGAAGAGGAAGAGGAAGCCUUGCCAUAUAAAAUUCAUGCAGACUAAACAGUUGCCCUGACAGGAUAAAUAAAGCGAAUGCUCCCCUUCUCCAGAAUCAAAAGCAAUUUAAUUAAAGUCUCUUAAGUUGUAAAGAGUUUUAAAUGUUCCACGGUGAAGACAAAUUCCUGCAAAGGCAGCAGGCUUGACGUCAGCUGCCAGGCCUGGGCUGGGAGGCCAUUUGCUAUUCUGUUUAAGGCAGGCUGGAUUGUCUUAUUUUGGAACCAGCUUGGUGGGGGGUUUGCUUUGCUACUGCUUCUGAGCCCUGAGCUUCAAAGGCAGAAAUUAAUGGUGAACAAAAUUGUGCGGCUCUGGCCGUCCCAUGCGGGGCAAGCCCAUUGAGGGUUAUCAUUAAGUAAAGAAAUAAAGAGGGGGAAAAAGCCUGCCUGUUCCAGAAAGCUCAUCAGAUAAUGACCUCAGUGAUUGGGUUUUCAUUACCAAGCAGCAUCCAGAGAUUAUCUACCCCCUAGAAGAUGGGAGAGGGAAGAAAAGAAAGAAAGAAAAGCAACUCUCUUUCUCUCCCUCUCUUUCUCCUUUUUUUUUUUUUUUUUGCACAUCUUUUCUUUAAAACUGUCAGAUCAUUUCAGUAUUUCAAAUCCGAGGAAAACAGCCUGCCUGCUGCUGUAUUUGAAGUUGUAAUGGUGUCAAAAAGUCACGACUGACUGACAGCCGUCAGUCCCAGAGGGGCUCAUUAAAUCAUAAAAACUUGACAAGGAAAUAAUUGCGCAUCGCUAGCAACUUGGCGCCUGUUUAGACGUUUUUAUUUUCUUUCAUUAUUAGUCCCCACCAUUACGUUCAUUAACAAAUUGCAUUAAACAACUGUUAAGGGCUAA